AUGCUUCUAUGCUGUGCGGCGGGAUCAACUGUCAAAACCUUCGAAGUGACUUUGGAAAGCAUUAUUCCACAGCGCACUUUCAACUCACAUAAUGCCGAUAUCACCUCCGUCCAGUACAAUCACAAUGGACGUAUUUUAGCUAGUAGCAGUGUGAAUGGUAGGAUUUGUCUUCAUGUGCCGUCCUCUGGAGAAAAGUUAUCGGAGCUCUUUUAUCCUACUGAUGCACCGGAUCAACAACAAGUAAAUGCACUGCAGUUUAGCAGUGGCUCAAGAUUUCUUGCUUCUGGUGGCGACAAUGGAUUCGUUCGGUUGUGGGAUCUUAAGACUCAAGAGAUUAUGCAAACGUAUAAUAUCAGUUCGAGUGCUAUUACGUCAGUAGCGUUUGGCGGAUAUAAAGACGAAUGCAUUGUCGGGGGUACUGCUAGCGGUGCCAUCUACAUCUGUGAUGUUCAAACAGCAGAAAUUGUCAGAUCCUUAACGGUUGAUCCAACUCAUGGGAUGCAUCAAGUGAUGGCGAUCCAAACGUCUCCGCAUCCCAUGGCUCGGCAUGUACUCGGAUCCACGUACAUGGAUGGAUCAGUGCGCGUUUGGAAUCUUGCUACGGGACAAUUAACGGCAGAAUUCGUUCGACAACACGAAGCACCAGCCACAUCAUUGACACUGUCUUCAGUCAGCAAAGUUUUGCUCGCAUCCGGUGGAUUUGAUGGUCGAGUCAUUUUUUACGAUACUGUUCAGCGCAAGAAUUUACGCUCGCUCGACUUGGAGCAGCCAAUAUCGUCAUUAGCUCUUUGUGCUGAUGGAAAGACUUUUGCAGUGGGCACCACAACGGGUGAAAUCCACUUGUACGAUCUUCGGGGAGCAAUUUCACCCUUGUUUUCAACCCUUGUACACGAAACCUUCGCUGUCCAAUCCCUCCACUUUUCACCACUCGCAUCUGACGUCAAUGUAGGCAGCAUUCCUGCAAAAAAUAUUCCGGCAGAAUCUGCUCACCACACGUCAACUGCCGAAACGAUUAAUAAUGGAGACGUCGUAACCAAACUCAAGAAAAUCGACCGUCUGACGAGCAAAAGUCACGUCUCGUACGAACUGUCUUCGUCGCCAACACUUGAUUCGACUCGAUUGGUAACUCGCACCAUGGAACCCAGCGGUAUUGUACCUCCACGGACACAGUCAAAACGAUUGCUGACACCUGCCACGCAGAAUCCACCUCAGCCAAUCUUAAACAUGAGCUCAAAGACCUCAACAACCCACGCAUCUACUGAUGAAAUUGGUCUUUUUUCUUCUCCGACAUAUAGGCAGACGCUUAAGCCAGCGGAACAUGCGAAAAACGACGUCGACGCAAUGACCUGCUCGUCUCAACAAGCAGAUUUAACAAAUUUAUCAAUGCGCGCCGAGAUCCAACAUCUGAGAGAGGAGAUUAACCUGCGCCAUCAAAAAGACAUCGAGCAACUGUCAACUAUGUUUGAGACUUUGAUGGACCAGUAUGACGCUGUAGUAGAGGAAAAUCGAUCACUGCGACAGGAGAAUGAGUGGUUAAAAGCUCACAUAUCAGCAUCAUAG